GUCCAAAGUCGGGGAGCUGCCACUCCAUCAGUGCCAAUGGCCCCGCCGGGCAGCCUAUGCCGUCGAGCGCGAGGCUGAGGCGGGAGCAGCACUCCGAGCCAGCCAAGGAUGGAGCGGCGGAGCAGCCGCGGAGCCUCAGAGCCCGCCAACAUCCCCCGAGCUAGAGGGAGGGGGGGAGACAGGGGGGAGCUCCUCCUUGCCCCACUCUUCUGAUUGGCCUGAUUGAUGGGCAGCCCUCGGUGGCUGCUGCUGCUGCCGCCACCUCGCCGCCUCCUUGGCAGGGGAGGCAGAGGAGUCGCCCUCGGAGUCCUGAGCAGGAGGAGGAGGAGGAGGAGGAGGAGGGACCCUGCCCGGCGGUGCCCAGGAGCAGACGGACUGCAGCUUGGCUGAGGGAUGUGAGCAGCCCGGAGCGAGAGGCAGAGAGUGGGGCCAGCGAGGAAGAGGAGGCGGAGGUGUAGCCGGCGGUGGUGGGCGUCCAGGCUCAGGGCAGAUCCGAGAGGAGCGUCUGCGAGGAAGGAAGGCAGCGAGGUCGGGGGCUCCAGGUCCCUUGAAGGAAGCGCCAGAGCCAAGUUAGCCCAAGAGCGCGGCUAGGGAGGCGCGCCUUGCCCAGGCAGCCGGGGAGAACUGAACGGAGGCAGGACAGGAGUGGCGCGGGGAGGGAGGAGGAGGAGGAGGCGGCGCACGGCUUCUAGGGAGGGCUGCUUUUAAGGAGGAGGGAGACCAAGACUGAGAGGGGCAGAAGAAGAGGAAGGAGGAGCCGAGGCGGCAGGAGGAGAGCACGGUGGCAGCGGGCUCAGGCGGGAGGGAGAGGAAGGGAGAGAAGGCUGAGCAUCCCUGGGACGUAGGAGGAGGUCUAGGGCGUGAGGUGGAAAGGAUGGAGUCGUGAAAGAAAAGAAGAAAGAAAAGAAAAGAAGGAAGGAAGGACGCUGAGGGCAGAUCGGACGUUGCUCUUGGCCACAAGGGCUCCUCUGUCCUCCGCUCUCGCCGCCGCGCGCACACACAUGCCCAGCUAACGCCUCUCGCUAGUUUCCGAGCUGCCAGUGUCUUGGGAGGAUGGAGGCGGAGGCAGCCGGGUCGACGGGGGCCCGCUCGGCGGUGGAGAAGCUGUCGGAGGCGGUGGGUCAGCGCACCAAGGCGUUGGGCAGCGCCCUGCAGGAGGCUCACCGCCAGAGACGCCUCCUGCUGGUGAUCGUCUGCGUGGCGCUGCUGCUGGACAACAUGCUGUACAUGGUGAUCGUACCCAUCAUCCCGGACUUCAUCGCCGCCAUGGGACGCCACCAGGGGGCGCAGCAGUCCGGCCCAGCCGCCAACGGCAGCGGCGCCUCGUCCAGCAACUCCAGCAAGUCCUUUCUGAGGCCUCACUACCCGACGGACAACGAGGACAUCAAGAUCGGGGUGCUGUUCGCCUCCAAAGCCAUCCUGCAGCUGUUGGUCAACCCGCUGAGCGGUACCUUCAUCGACCGCGUGGGCUAUGGCAUCCCACUCUUCAUUGGCCUGUCCGUCAUGUUCCUCUCCACGGUCAUCUUCGCCUUCGCUGAGAAUUAUGGCACCCUCUUUGCGGCACGGAGCCUCCAGGGCCUGGGCUCAGCUUUCGCCGACACGUCGGGGAUCGCCCUGAUCGCCGACAAGUACACUGAAGAAUCGGAGCGCAACCGAGCCCUGGGCAUCGCCUUGGCCUUCAUCUCCUUCGGCAGUCUGGUGGCGCCCCCUUUCGGCGGCAUUCUGUACCAUUUUGCUGGCAAGAGGGUGCCCUUCCUGAUACUGGCCUUUAUCUCCUUGAUAGACGGGCUUGUCCUGCUGCUGGCCAUCAAGCCCUUUGGAGACAGGACUCGGGACAACAUGCCCGUGGGCACCCCUAUCCACAAACUGAUGAUCGACCCCUACAUUGCAGUUGUGGCUGGUGCCCUCACCACCUGCAACAUCCCCUUGGCCUUCCUAGAGCCCACCAUCGCCAACUGGAUGAUGAAGACCAUGGGUGCCAAAGACUGGGAGAUGGGCCUCACUUGGCUGCCAGCCUUCUUCCCCCACGUCUUGGGGGUCUACAUCACUGUCAAGCUGGCAGACAAGUACCCACACCUUCAAUGGUUCUAUGGGGCAUUGGGCAUGGUCAUUAUAGGGGCCAACUCAUGCAUGGUGCCUGCCUGCAAGAACUUUGGGCAGCUUAUUAUCCCUCUGUGUGGCAUUUGCUUUGGUAUCGCCCUAGUGGACACGGCCCUGCUGCCCACCCUCGCCUUCCUCGUAGACAUCCGCUAUGUGUCAGUCUACGGAAGCGUCUAUGCCAUCGCUGACAUCUCCUACUCAGUGGCGUAUGCUCUGGGGCCUAUUGUGGCCGGGGAAAUUGUCCACUCCUUUGGCUUUGUGCAGCUCAACUUGGGCAUGGGCCUUGCCAAUGUGCUUUAUGCCCCCCUCCUCCUUGCUCUCAGGAACAUUUCCCACAUGAAACCCUCACACUCAGAAAGGAAUAUCCUCCUGGAAGAGGGACCCAAAGGACUCUAUGAUACCAUCAAGAUGGAAGAACGCAAAGGCAAGGGCAGAAAUCAUCCUGUAGGGGGUGCUGAAGAGAAUAGUGUCGUAGACUCUUACCAUCGAGAUUUAAGAGGGGCAUCUGAAGAGGACUCUUCAGACUAUGACUAUACUUAAGAGGGUGGGCAGCAGGAGAGAAGAGAACAUCUUGGCUGUUAUCUUUAUGUCCCAAUGUGCCAAUAUACUCCACUUAAACCUUUGUCUUGAUGUGAUGGCUUUCAUCUUCUUGACUUCUUUCCCCCCCCCUAAAGGUAUUACCUUAAAUACCCUGUCAAGAUGAAAGCUCCAAAUAACUAUCUAACAUGAAUGGUGCAUUUGCGUAACUGUGAUGAUCCUUCCAAAUGAAAAGAGAGGAGAGUACAUCUCCAAAACCUCCUGUCAAAGUCUGUUAUGCCACAUGGUUUUCUUGCAACGUUCUGUGUGACUUUGGGUUGGUUCACACAUGCAUGUACACCACCUGAUUUCUUAACACCUGAUAGCUCUACACUUGGAACUGGUUCACACAUGCAUAGAUUUUUCUACACUUGGUUAAUGUACACUUGAUAACUAGAUGUGUGGAUUGACUCCACUGACAAGCGUUGUGUUUGAGGGUGAUCUGAAGGUUCCAUCCGUAGUGUUGCAUAUAGGAUGGACCAUUCACGCAUGCGAGUCAUCACUUGAUCAGUCAUCAAGUGCUGAACCUACAUGGGUGGACUGCCGGCACUGUAUCAAGCUCUCUUCAAAAACCGGCAGUAUUUUACACAGCAAAAAAUUAAAAAUUGAAGUCAAAGUGAAUGGCAAAAUGCACACCCAGGGACUCAAUAACGACUGUACAUAUAUAGAUAGGUACGUACCUAUGUCAAAACUUUUCAUCAGUUUCAUAUUUAAGGGCAGAAGUGGAAAUCACACCGUGUUAUUCCUCCUCUGGGAAACUGCUGUAAGAAUUUUUUUUUCCUGUUGUGCUGCUAUUAUGGUAAAUGCAAUAUACCGUAUCAUGUUUUAGUCUCAAGUGUGGACUGAAUAAAGGACGUUUGAGGGAAA